AUGUGGAGUGUCGCGUUCUAUGGUUUGUGGAGGGGAAAAACAGUGGAUAGCUAGCUAACAAUGGCGACAUCGACAAGUGUGACGGGGGGAUCUGGUUCAAGCGGACAAGCGACCGGGCAGGCGGGCAGCGGUCCCUCAGUUGGUAGGAAGAAAGAUGGUGGUCCGUCCUCGAAAUAUUGGGAGAGCGCCGAGACAGUCUCGCAGUUAGAGUCGGUUCGUCUGUGGAUUGGAAAACACUACAAAAAGUAUGUCCAGGCCGACUCUCCCUCCAGCAAAUUUUUGGCAAGCUUGGUUGUCCAGCUGCUGCAGUUCCAGGAAGAUGCUUUUGGCAGAAGAGUCAACAACCCAGCUCUCACAAAACUUCCUGCAAAGAGUUUCCUGGACUUCAAGGCGGGGGGAGCUCUGUGCCACAUUCUGGGCUCUGCAUACAAGUUCAAGAGUGAGCAAGGCUGGCGCCGCUUUGACCUGCAGAACCCCUCCAGGAUGGACAGGAAUGUUGAGAUGUUCAUGAAUGUGGAGAAGACUUUGGUGCAGAACAAUUGCCUGACACGACCAAUUGUGUACCUGGUCCCUGAAAUGGAGCAGAAACAGGCCAACAAGCUGAAGGACAUAAUAAAGAGACACCAGGGCUCCAUCACCGAGGACAAGUCCAAGGCCACUCACCACAUCUACCCUUCCCCAGCCCAGUCAGAGGAAGAGGAGUGGCUCCGCCCUGUCAUGCGGAAGGACAAGCAGGUGCUGGUGCACUGGGGCAUGUACCCCGACAGCUAUGAUACAUGGGUGUCUGCCAGUGAUGUGGAAGGAGAUGUGGAGGAUCCGCCCAACACAGAGAAACCAUGGAAGGUUCAUGCUAAGUGGGUCCAGGACACCGACGCCUUUAACGAGUGGAUGAACGAGGAAGACUAUGAAGUGGACGAGAACAAGAAGCCUGUGAGUUUCCGCCAGCGCAUCUUCCCGCGGGAGGAAGAGUCUUCCCGUACACCCGAUCGCAAGGACCGCAAGGCUGCCGCCUCAGGGAAGAAGAGGAGGCGCUCACCGUCCCCCCCGGCGACCCCCGUGGAGUCCCGCAAGAAGGGGGGCAAGAAGGGGAACCCGGGGCCGUACUGGAAGCGCAGAGGCCACCGUGAGGAGGAGGAGCCCGAGGAGGACCUGACUAAGGACAUGGAGGACCCCACACCUGUCCCGAACAUGGAGGAGGUGACCCUGCCCAAAAAUGUGAACCCCAAGAAGGACAGUGAAAACACUCCGGUGAAGGGCGGGACGGUGGCUGAUCUGGAUGAACAGGAAGAUGACUCCAUGAUCUCUGGAGGCAAGGAGGAGGAGGAACCGGGCAAGGCGGAGGUGAAUCGCCUGAUGGACUCCAGUGAGGACAACGUGACGGAGCAGACUCAUCACAUCAUCAUCCCCAGCUACGCCGCCUGGUUCGACUACAACUGCAUCCACGAGAUCGAGAGGCGAGCGCUGCCCGAGUUCUUCAACGGCAAGAAUAAGUCCAAGACUCCGGAGAUAUACCUGGCCUACCGAAACUUCAUGAUUGACACAUACCGGCUGAACCCCCAGGAGUACCUGACCUCCACGUCCUGCCGCAGGAACCUGACCGGGGACGUGUGCGCGGUCAUGAGAGUCCACGCCUUCCUGGAGCAGUGGGGCCUGGUCAACUACCAGGUGGAUGCAGAGAGCCGGCCCCUCCCCAUGGGGCCCCCACCCACGCCCCACUUCAACGUGCUGGCAGACACUCCCUCAGGCCUGGUGCCCCUGCACCACCGCCCCCCACAGAUCCCAGCCUCCCAGCAGAUGCUCAGCUUCCCGGAGAAAGGCAAAGACAAGCCGUCGGAUAUGCAGAACUUCGGCCUUCGCACUGACAUCUACUCCAAGAAGAACCCCAAGAGUAAAGGUGCCAGUGCCGGCAGGGAGUGGACUGAGCAGGAGACUCUUCUGCUGUUGGAGGCUCUGGAGAUGUACAAGGACGACUGGAACAAGGUGUCUGAGCACGUGGGCAGCCGCACUCAGGACGAGUGCAUCCUGCACUUCCUGCGGCUGCCCAUCGAGGACCCGUACCUGGAGAACUCGGACGCCUCCCUGGGGCCCCUGGCCUACCAGCCGGUCCCCUUCAGCCAGUCCGGCAACCCCGUCAUGAGCACCGUGGCCUUCCUGGCCUCUGUGGUGGACCCGCGUGUGGCUGCGGCCGCCGCCAAGGCUGCGCUCGAGGAGUUCUCGCGCGUGCGGGAGGAGGUGCCAGCCGAGCUGGUGGAGGCGCAUGUGAAGAAGGUGCAGGAGGCGGCGCGCAGCACGGGCAAAGUGGACCCCGCCUUCGGCCUGGAGAGCAGCGGCAUCGCCGGCACGGCCCCUGAGGAGCCCGAGAAGACCGCAGAGCCACCAGAGGGGGACAAGAUGGAGGCUGAUGGAGAGUCCCAGCAAGCUGACAAGGCCGAAUCCAAGGACGAGGCGGAGAAGCCGGGCGAGUCUGCGGAGAGGCCGGCGGAGACGGAGAGGCCGAAGAGCGAGUCGGCCGAGCAGGGGGACCGGGACGAGGCGGAGAGCGACGGGGGAGACGAGGCCAAGGCGGGAGAUAAGGACGGAGAAGAGGCCAUGGACACAGCCGAAGGCCCCAAAGAGGCCGAGGGCGAGGAAGGCCGGAAGAAGCUUGAGCACGACGUCGGGGAGGGGAACAUCGCCACGGCCGCGGCUGCUGCCCUCGCGUCUGCCGCCACCAAGGCCAAGCACUUGGCAGCCGUGGAGGAGAGGAAGAUCAAGUCUCUGGUGGCCCUGCUGGUGGAGACGCAGAUGAAGAAACUGGAGAUCAAACUCAGGCACUUCGAGGAGCUGGAGACCAUCAUGGACCGGGAGAAGGAAGCGCUGGAGCUGCAGAGGCAGCAGCUGUUGACCGAGCGGCAGGCCUUCCACAUGGAGCAGCUGAAGUACGCGGAGAUGAAGGCCCGUCAGCAGAUGGAGCAGCAGCAGCAGCAAGCCGCGGCCGCAGCCCAGAACCCGGCCGUGCACCACGCCCAUCCUGCCCCCGGAUACCCGCCCAUGCACCACCCCAUGGGCCCGCACCACCCCCAACAGACCGGACCAAUGGGAGGCCCCGGCCAGCCAAUGGGAGGCCCCGGCCAGCCAAUGGGAGGCCCCGGCCAGCCAAUGGGAGGCCCAGGCCAGCCAAUGGGAGGCCCAGGCCAGCCAAUGGGAGGUCCGGGCCAGCCAAUGGGAGGCCCCGGCCAGCCAAUGGGAGGUCCCGGCCAGCCCAUGCCCGGGCGCAUGAUGCCCGGGGGUCCGCCUGUCGGGCAGACCCAACCCAACAUGCCCCCCAUGAUGGGACCCCGGCACCCUGGAGCCCCCAACGGCAUGUACCCCGUCCCUCCCGCUGCACAGCCUGAUGGGAUGCCACCUGCCCCCGUGGGUCCUCCAGCAUCCCGUGUGGCUGAGAACUGAAACCUUCUUCCCACCCCGGACCUACACACACACACACACACACACACACACACACACAAACACACCCCCCUCUGGGACACCAAACACACACCACCCCCUCCACAUGAACAUUACUGGCGCCCCUCUCCUGUGUCUGAUCGGCCACCCUGUCCCACAAUCCCUCCCACCAGUUCAGCCUAACACCCACAAGCGUGCGUACCUACAGGGAAAAUCCUGAUUCACACACACACACACACACACACACACACACACGCACACGCAAGCACGAACACACACACACACACACACGCAUACACACACACACGCAAGCACGAACACACGCGCACACACACACACACACACACACACACACACACACAGACACACACCACACACAGAUACACCACACACAAGCUCUACAGGGAAUUUUCUGAUGCAUGCACACUCACUCUCUUCUCUACAGGGAGAGCUGUACACACAGGCAUGCCGUUCUUAGACAGGGUGAUCACACGAGAAAUGAUAUUCUGACGAGCGUUAGCAGGGCAGCUGGGGGAAUGCCAUUGUUUGGCGGUUUCUUAUCUAGUACUGACACUGGUUAUAUGUGAGUAAUGCCAGGGGCAAACAGGGGGUGCUGAACGGAGCCCCCCCAGUAGGGCCAGACAGCCAGAGUUUGUGUUCCCUCAAAUGUGAUGCGUAUAUGUAUAUUGGUUCGUUUCUGUUGUGAACGGGAUCGUCAAGAGAGCACAUACACUAUAGACUCGACAAGAGCUGCGUCUGGACAUUUCACCGACUCCUUCGCCACUAUAGCCUGACUGUUGCGCACUGCAGCUUGCCCCCUCUCUGUCUUCACAGCGUCGGUAGGCGCCCGUCUGCUUCGACAGCUCGAUACCCCCCCCCCGUUCUUAUCUUCUCACUGGAAAUCUACCUCUUGCCCACACCUUUCUGCCCCAUCGCACUCUGUGUGUGGCCUCGUACUCACACUGGGUCAGGCUGGGUGGGGGUCAGAGCUUGCAGGUUAGAGGUGGUCUCUCCACUGCUGCCCUACGUCGCCCAGUCGGCCUCUCACCCUCCUUGAAGCUGCGUCCCGCUGUCUACACUGGAGCGGCAGACACCGUUGGGUUGGAGUCCAUCGUCCAGUGCAGCCUGCUGUUAAUGGGACCGCUGAAGAGAGUUGCAUGCCUUUUCCUGGAUAAUGUGUGUGUGUGUGUGUGUGUGCGUGCGCUUGCGUGUACGUGCGCGUUUCUCCUCUGCCAAAGCACAGAGGACAGUGGUAGCGUAGCGAUUUUUUGUAUCUUCCACAUCUUCCCUGUAGCCCACUUCCUGCUCUCAGCGCGUGCCACGGCUGUCCACAUAUACCUCUUCCAAAGGACUGUGAGUUUUUAGCUUGCCUCUGCUGUAGUUUGUAAGGGGGAGAUGGGCAGUGCUGGGGUUCGUCACUCAUGCACAGGAGCACGCCCACACGACGUGAAGGUGUGCACGCAGCAGGCAGGUCACAUGCUGUCCUUCUCCCCCCCCCAUACCCUCAGCCUGUAGUGAUGGAGAGUUUUGGCUCCGCUCCACUGGUGCCCUUAGGUGUCUUACUCUUUACCGUCUGUUAAGAACACCCUUUUGGUGUUGAUACUGUAGCUGGCAAUGCCACUCCUUCCUUCUGCAGCUCUCUCUGGCUUGCAGUGCCUCUCGCUCUUCCUCUAACUCUCUCUCUCCUCUCUACUGUCUGUGACUGCUGUGUAGAGGCUGUCUGUCCUCCCUCAGGUGAAUUUCCAUAACCCUCACCCCUCCUCUUCAACACCGUGUGCAGCCCACUGCACUCGACCCUUCCCACGACAUUGUCACAGGUGACGGGAACCAAAACUGCGUUACCCUAUAUAUCUUUUAUUGCUUUUUAUUUUAUGGUAAUGUAUUUUUUAAAAAAUAAAAAUUAAACUUUGCGUAGUUCACUUUUUUUUUUUUUUUUUUCUCUGUUCUUGAAGUUUGUAGCUUUUUUUAUUGUUAAAUUGGUACUGAGACCUAAACACUGUCGAAUAAAAGUGGUUUUGUAUGAACUGA